AUGAAGCCAGGUGAUAUAAUCAUUGGGGAGAUUGUUUCCCAGGUGUUCUUAAACUACGAUAACCUCUCUUUCACAGAACAGCCUAUGCAGACAUUGAUUGAUGAACCUAUCUGCAAUCCUUAUUACAGUUCAGUGCCUAAGAACUACCAGCAUAUUCUGGCUUUAGCAUUUGCUGUCAAAGAGAUCAAUGAGAAUCCCACAAUCUUGCCAAACAUCACUCUUGGCUUCCACAUCCUCAAUAGUUACUUCAAUGCAAGGAUGACCUACAAGGCCACUCUGAGCCUCCUUUCCACACAACAAAGGUUUGUCCCCAACUUCAGCUGCCACAACCAUAACAAUAUGAUAGCACUCAUUGGAGAAUGUUUCUUUGAGAUCUCUGCUAACAUUGCAGUGAUUUUGGCAAGCAAGAAGACUCCUCAGCUCACUUAUGGAACAUUUUUGCCAUCACAGGAUGAGAGAAUAAGUUCCCCUUUCUUGUACCAUAUGGUCCCAAACGAAGCCCACCAGUACAUGGGAGCUGUCCGGUUAUUUCAGCAUUUUGGAUGGACAUGGGUUGGGCUCUUGGCUGUGGACAAUGACAAAGGGGACAGAUUCCUACAGACAAUGCUGCCUUUGCUUUCUGAGAAUGGCAUCUGCUAUGCUUUUAUUAUAAGAUUACCACGAUGGAGCUACGUAGAAGAGCUGAUACAGUUGCUUCUACAACACUGGAAAAGUUAUGCAAUUAUCAUUCAGAGAAAAGCCAACACAUUUUUUGUACAUGGAGAAAACCCAUCCUUUCGAGUUUUGAGAAUAUUGCUAUUUCUAGCACGCUUCACUGAGUUGCCUCCGCUGGAGAAAGUAUGGAUUAUUACAUCUCACUGGGAUUUCACAUCAAUGUCUCUUCAAAAGAAUUGGGAAAUGCAAACUUUCCAUGGCUCCUUAUCCUUCACUGUUCACUCAGAUCAGCCACUAGGAUUCCAAAACUUCAUUCAAACAUUAAAUCCUUCCUGGUCGAAAGAAGAUGGUUUUAUCCAGGACUUUUGGGAACAGGCCUUCAGCUGUUCAUUAAAAAUGCUCAUGGAGGAUGACGAGAGUGCCUGUAGUGGAGAGGAAAAGCUGGAGAGCAUUCCUGGAAUAUUAUUUGAAAUGAAAAUGACAGGUCACAGCUACAGUAUCUACAAUGCUGUAUAUGCUGUUGCACAUGCUUUGCAAGCCAUUUACAAAUCAACCUCAAAGCGUAGAAGUUUGGAUAAAAGGAACAGAUUGCUAUUACAGAAUGUGCAACCGUGGCAGGUUCAUCAUUUUCUAAGAAGCAUCAUAUUCAAUAACAGUAUUGGAGACACGAUCCACUUUAAUGAAAAUAGAGAAUUAGUUGCAGGCUUUGAUAUUACAAACUGGAUGAUGUUCCCCAAUGGCUCAGUGGUCAGAGUAAAAGUUGGAAGCCUAGAACCUCAGGCUCCUCUAGGUGAUGAAUUGACAAUGAAUUAUGACCAGAUUGUGUGGCAUCAAAGCUUUAAUCAGGUUCUGCCUCGUUCUGUGUGCACUGACAGCUGCUAUCCGGGCUCUAGCAGGAAAAAGAAGGAAGGAGAGAAAUUUUGCUGCUAUGACUGUGCUCUGUGUCCCAAUGGGAUGAUCUCUGACAAGAAGGAUAUGGAUGCCUGUGUCAAAUGUCCAGAAGAAAAAUAUCCCAACAAGCACCAAACUAAAUGCAUUGCAAAAUUGGUAACAUAUCUCUCUUAUAAAGAAGAAUUGGGGAUCAUCUUAGCUAGCUUGGCUAUUUCUUUCUCUUUGACCACAUGUUCAGUACUUGGAAUUUUUAUGAAGCACAAGGACACUCCCAUAGUGAAAGCCAACAACCGGACCCUCACCUACAUCCUCCUCGUCUCCCUUCUCCUUUGCUUCCUCUGUUCUUUGCUCUUCAUUGGACAACCUGGAAAGGCAACCUGCCUUCUACGUCAAACCACUUUUGGCAUUGUCUUCUCUGUGGCCCUUUCUUCUGUGUUGGCAAAGACCAUCACUGUGGUUGUGGCAUUUAUGGGAACAAAACCAGGAUCCAGGAUGAGGAAAUGGGUGGGGAAAAGAUUGGCUAAUUCUAUUCUUCUCUCCUGCUCUUUUAUUCAGGCUGCCAUUUGUACUCUUUGGUUAAGUUCUGCUCCUCCAUUCCCAGGUAGAGACAUGCAUUCAGUGAAAGGUGAAAUCAUACUGGAAUGUAAGGAGGGUUCUGUUUCCAUGUUUUACUGUGUCUUGAGCUAUAUGGGUUCCCUGGCCAUAAUCAGCUUCAUUGUGGCUUUUCUUGCCAGGAAGUUACCUGACAGCUUUAAUGAGGCCAAGUUCAUCACUUUCAGCAUGUUGGUGUUUUGCAGUGUGUGGUUAUCCUUUAUUCCAACCUACCUGAGUACCAAAGGAAAAAACACGGUGGCUGUGGAGAUCUUCUCCAUCUUAUGUUCCAGUGCUGGGUUACUGGGUUGCAUCUUUUCCCCAAAAUGUUACAUCAUUGUGCUGAGGCCUGAGCUGAACAACAAGGAACAACUCACAAGGAAAAUAAAAUGA